AUGAGAGUAAUUCUCCUGCUCCUCUGGCUUGGGGUGUCUCUAUCCCCUCCUGGCCUGUCCCAGGCUAGGCCCCCCAGCUCCCAAGAAGUGGUGGUCCCCUUGAAGCUGACCAGCAAGGGCAGAGGUGCAAAGGCUCCAGGCUGGCUCUCCUAUAGCAUUGAGUUUGGGGGCUGGAGACACAUUGUCCACAUGAGGGUCAAGAAGCUCUUGGUUUCCAGACACCUACUGGUGUUCACCUACUCAGACCAGAGUGCCCUGCAGGAGGAUCAGCCCUUUGUUCCUAAUGACUGCUACUAUCAUGGUUAUGUGCAGGGGGUCCCUGAGUCCCUGGUUGCCCUCAGUACCUGUUCUGGAGGCUUUCGAGGAAUGCUACAGAUAAAUGACCUUGCUUAUGAAAUCGAGCCCAUCAGGCACUCUACCACAUUUGAACACCUGGUUUAUAAGAUCAACAUUAAUAAGACUCAGUCUCCACCUAUUAGAUGUGGCUUAACACAGAAGGAAAUACACCAACACCUGGGAUUUGAAGAGGCAGAGACGACAACUCUGAAGCAAAUUUCUACUGAUAAUUGGUGGGCCCAUUCAUGGUUUUUGGAGCUGGUCGUGGUGGUAGAUCAAAAUUUCUUCAUUUACUCCCAAAGUAACUUCUCAAAGGUGCAGGAAGAUGUAUUUCUUGUUAUCAACAUAGUGGACUCCAUUUACCAGCAGUUGGAUACUUAUGUGAUUUUGAUUGGGAUUGAGAUUUGGAAUCAUGAAAAUAUUUUCCCAAUGAUAAGCAUAGAACAGGUUCUGGAGGAUUUUGCUCAGUGGAAGCAAAUCAGUCUUUCACAGCUACAGUAUGAUGCUGCACAUAUUUUCAUUAAAAAUUCACUUAUAAGUGCACUUGGUAUAGCCUAUGUUGCAGGAAUAUGUCGUCCUCCAAUUGACUGUGGAGUUAAUAAUUUCCAAGGAGACCCCUGGUCUCUUUUUGCACUCACUGUGGCCCAUGAGUUAGGCCAUACUUUGGGUAUGCUGCAUGAUGAAGAAUUCUGUUUAUGUGGGCAAAGUGGUUGCAUUAUGAAUGCUAUCAGAGUGCCAGCAGAGAGAUUCACCAACUGUAGUUAUGGAGAUUUUACAAAAACCACUUUAAACCAGGGAUCAUGUCUGCACAAUCCUCCAAGUCCAGGGGAAGUCCUUAUGCUGAAGCGCUGUGGGAACAAUGUGGUUGAAGGGGAAGAGGAGUGUGACUGUGGAUCUAUAAAGCAGUGUGAACAAGAUCCCUGUUGUCUCUUGAACUGCACUCUGAGGACUGGUGCUGCUUGUGCUUUUGGGCUUUGUUGCAAAGACUGCAAAUUCAUGCCAUCAGGGGAAGUCUGCAGACAUCAGAUCAACGAAUGUGACCUUCCAGAGUGGUGCAAUGGGACAUCCCAUCAGUGCCCAGAAGAUGGAUAUGUACAGGAUGGGGUUCCCUGUAGUGACAAUGCCUACUGCUAUCAAAAGAGAUGUAAUAACCAUGACAAACAGUGCAGAGAGAUCUUUGGUGAAGUUGCAAAGAGUGCAUCUCAGAAUUGCUAUGAAGAAGUCAACUCCCAGGGAAACCGUUUUGGCCACUGCGGUCUAAAUGGAACGGCAUACCUAAAAUGCAAUACCUCAGAUAUCUUUUGUGGGAGGGUUCAGUGUGAGAAUGUGGGAGACAUUCCCAAUUUAAGAGAUCACUCUGCUUUGCAGCACACUCAUGUAAAUGGUGUCACCUGCUGGGGUAUAAGUUAUCGUUUAGGGAUGAGCACACCUGAUGUUGGUGAAGUGAAAGAUGGCACCGUGUGUGGUUCAAAAAAGAUCUGCAUACACAAGAAGUGUGUCAGUCUCUCUCUCCUGUCACAAGUCUGCCUGCCUGAGACUUGCAACAUGAAGGGAAUCUGCAAUAACAAACAUCACUGCCACUGUGGCUAUGGGUGGUCCCCACCCUACUGCCUAUAUAGAGGCUAUGGAGGUAGUGUUGACAGUGGCCCCCCCAGGAGAAACAGCUGUAGGUGUAUAGGGGCCCUGGGAAAAAUGAGGUAUAUUGCCAUGUGGCUGCAAAUGAGCAUGAGCCCUGAAUCAUCCAGUAGAAGCUGGGCUCUUUUGGUUCUACCAAGCCAUAAAGUCAGAUGGCUGUGA